AUGCCCCGCCAACAGCGUCCCCGGACCCCCUCCCUCCCCACAACAGAGGACGAGGACAACUCCAAACCCCUCCCGGACCCAUCCACCGACGGCCAAAAACAAAAGCCGCAACGCCCCGGCACCUCGGGCACCGAAGCGGCGCUCAAAGUCUCACGCCGGCAAGCCUCCGAAAAGUUCCGCCAGGCAGAGCGCGCCGAGCGCGCGUACCGGGCCAAGAAGCGGUCGGCCGCGACGCGCGCCAACUACGCCGACGCCAAGGACCACUUCCGGCAGGCGCGCGAGCAUUUCGGUUUGGGGUUCAAGCUGCUGUCGGCGGUGGUCAAGGGGUGGCCGUAUGUGUUGAGGGAGAAGCGCGAGGCGAGGCGGCUGCGGGGCGAGGAGGAGAAGCGGCGGAAGGUGUUGGAGAUGAAGAGGCGGUUGGAUGAGAAGUUGGGGGAGGGGGAGGGUGGUGCCCGUGACGGUGAGGAGGGGGAAGGGGUGAAGGUUGUUUGA